CGGCUGCCUGACUGGGCAGGCCCGUGGGGGCUCAGUCUGGGCUGAGUGUGGGGCGGGGAGGCAUGGUAAGCAGAGGCUCGGGGCCAGACGGGGGUAAGUGCCGGGUUGGGCUAAUUAGAAGGUGUGUAAUUGGAAGGCGGCUCGAGUGUCUGCGAAUGCGCCCAAGUGGGUCCUCGCUGGUUUCGUGUCUGGGACCCCCAUUUUGCUCCCGGAAGCCUCGAGAUCACAGCUCCCCGUCGUCUGGAGAGGAGCCGCCGCACAGCCCUCCCCGGGGCUCCGGUCGCCCCGCAGGCGGGGACCCCAGGGCCUGAGGAAGCCGAGGAUGAAGCUGAGGAUGAAGCUGAGCCCUCCGCCACACUGGCCCCUGUCCUGCUUCCUCAUGCUGCUGCCCUGGCCUCUGGCUAUGCCAACGUCAACGACCCCGUGGCAGUGCCCCCCGGGGGAGGAGCCCGAGCUGGCCCCGGGCCAGGGCGCACUGUGCAGGGCCUGCCCCCCGGGCACCUUCUCGGCCGCGUGGGGCUCUCGCCCCUGCCAGUCCCACUCCCGCUGCAGCCUUCGAGGGAGGCUGGAGGCCCGGGCGGGCACGGUGACUCAAGACACACUAUGUGGAGACUGCCGGCCUGGGUGGUUUGCCCCUUCGGAGGUGCCCCGGGUCCCCUGUCAGCCGUGCUCUGGGCCAGCGCUGGGUCCUCGCGGGUGUUACGGGCGGAGGAGGCGGACCCGGCGUGGCGCGGAGGGAGCCGCGGGGGCCAGAGGCGCCGGGGAGGCGCGGCCGCCCGGGAACGGCACGCGGGCGGGCGGCCCCGAGGAGACGGCGGCCCCGUACGCGGUCAUCGCCAUCGUGCCCGUCUUCUGCCUCAUGGGGCUGCUGGGCAUCCUGGUGUGCAACCUGCUCAAGCGGAAGGGCUACCACUGCACCGCCAACAAGGAGGUGGGGCCCGGCCCCGGAGGCGGAGGCGGCGGCAGCGGUGAGGCUGGCCGGAACAACCCCGCCUACGGGGCUGAGGAGGCCAACGAGGACACCAUCGGGGUCCUGGUGCGCCUGAUCACGGAGAAGAAAGAGAACGCAGCGGCCCUGGAGGAGCUGCUGAAGGAGUACCACAGCAAGCAGCUGGUGCAGACCAGCCACAAACCUGUGCCCAGGCUGCCGCCCAGGCCCCCCAGCGUGCCGUACAUGUGCCCCCAUCACCACCACCUCCACACCGUGCAGGGCCUGGCCUCGCUCUCCGGCCUCUGCUGCUCCCGCUGUAACCAGAAGUGGCCCGAGGUGCUGCUGUCCCCCGAGGCUGCGGCUGCCACCGCUCCCACCUCCAGGCUCCUGCCCAACCCGGCCAGGGCUCCCAAGGCCGGGGCCAAGGCCGGACGCCAGGGCGAGAUCACCAUCUUGUCUGUGGGCAGGUUCCGUGUGGCCCGAAUUCCCGAGCAGCGGACAAAUUCCUGGGCCUCCGAGGUGAAGACCAUCACGGAGGUCGGGCCCUCCGUGGGCGACUUCGCUGACUCCCCACAGCCUGGCCUCCCCUCUGAGCAGCGGGCACUGCUGGGAAGCAGUGGGAGCCAUGCUAAGUGGCCAAAGCCCCCAACGGAGAAGAAGGCCGAGGAGAGCCGCUAUGUGGUCCGGCUAAGCGAGAGCAACCUGGUCAUCUGAGGGCCGUCUUGGCUGAGGACCCCGCAGCCCUGUCCUGGGAGGCCCCCGAAGGCUUCCUGGAGGAGGUGGAGCUGCAGCAAUGGAUCAAGCAGCAGUGGCCCCGCAAACGGCAAAGGCUGGAGGUGGGAGCAUCUGCCUCAGGGAGGAGGCCGCGGCAGGCGCAGCGCACAGGAGCAAGUGGAAAGCCACCGUCCCUGCCACCCAGUUCCUCCUUCCCUGCAGGAUGCCCUGACCCUGUGCCCUGGUCAGAUCCCAGGAUCCAUAGAGUCCUCGGUCCCACCAGGAGGCCAGGCCUUGAUGGUGGGAGGGGCCCCUUGGUAAUUGGCCAGAUCCUGCCUUUGUCCAGGGCCCCAGAGCAGAUGUGCCUCCCCCUCCCCUUCCAGCAGGACCCGUGAAGGGAGGGGCAACAAAACGCCAAGGCAGGGAGUCUGAAUCUGGGAUUCUAAUCCCGGCAAGUCCCUGGGUCCCCCCUCUCUGACUGUGAAGUCUCAGGGCCCAGGGCCUCCCAGCUCCCUACAGCUCUGGCUGUGUCGUGGUGAGAGCUUACCUCCUUGCCGCCCCUCCCACUAGUAGCUUUAUCUGGCCCCGUUUUUUUGCUGCUUCCAGGGCCUCUGCCUUCAAGGCCCCCACGGGGCUGCCCAUGGCUCUGCCUUCAGAAGGGGCUUCAUGCAUGUGCCUGCCUCCUGCCCUGCUGUUUGUAUUUAUUUAAAUCGAUAAAACAGACUUGGCCUGGGUGGGGCCCAGCCACCCCCAAGGCCUCAGGAGCUUUGGGGGAGGCACCGCUGACGUAGGUCUGUGUCCCUGUGGUGUUGGUGUGUGUCCCUUGGUGUGGGCAGUGCGGGCAACUGCCCAGCCCCUUGCCACCCUGGCUCAGCAACCUGGUUAUUUAUGAGAGGCUGUGCAGGCGCGGCUCCACUGUUGUCCCGGUUCUUAUUUAUUGAAACUGCUGUUGUCCUGUCCUUGCGUCUCCAUCCCCGUCCAUUUGUUGAAUAAAAGGUGGGAUAGUUGUGUCAUGAGGAGCUGCUUUUCCCUGUGCCUCUUCCCAGGCCGCCAGUCCACUCCCUGCAUCUGUCAGGCGGUAGGUGUGGCACAGGCCAUGCCCCUCGAGGGGCCUUCUCACUGGCAGCAGGUGCCGUGGGGCCGGAGGAGGCCCCUCACCCCACCUGGUUCUCACAGAAGCCCUUGGGCAGUGCCAUCCAGCGGAAUAAGUGUGUGUCAUGGAAUUGAAAUUUUUCUAAUAGCAACAUUU